CUACGGAAAGUCUGCUUUUCAGUAGCCCUAGUGGAAGCCAAGCGACCGUCUUCUGUCCAUCUCCGCCUGUGCCCGCCGCCAGCUUCCCGCAGCUUCAUCGCCGACGAACAAUAUCGUUUUUCUGAUUACUAGUUUAUGAAAUUUGAGGAAUGGCUGAAGAAUUUAUGCAUAAGAACAAACUACAAGAGUAUGCUCAAAGAUCUGCUAUUCCCUUGCCAAUUUAUAAUACUGUGAAUGAAGGAUCUCCUCACGGACCACGGUUUAGAUCUAGUGUGAUUGUGGAUGGAUCUAGGUUCACAUCAAAUUGCACCUUUUCAAACAAAAAGGCUGCAGAACAAUAUGCAGCUAAGUAUGCGCUGGAGGCUAUUAGAAGCUUCAUCAGAAACAACAGUUUGUCUCUUAUUCCCAAUAACUCGGCUAUCUUUAAAUCUAUUCUGUAUGAGUAUGCCGUCAAGAUGAACUUAAAAUUGCCAACAUAUGAGACUUGCACGGGAUUAGGGACCAUUCCCAUGUUUAUUUCCUCUGUUUCGUUUGAUAACAAAACAUUCAAAGGUGAAUUUGGGAGGAGCAAAAAAGAGGCCGAACAGAUUGGUGCACGUGCUGUUAUCAAGUUUAUUCUAGGGAACUCUGAUUCUGGAACUGUUAUGACACAGAUCAUAAAAUCAAAAGCUAAAUUGGAUGCUUCAGUUCCUAAACUCAAUGGUUCAUCUUCUUCAGAGAUUGAAAAUGCUGUCAUGAUCGGGCCAAUGGUUCACCAAAGUAAUGUUAACCAAUUGGAAAUGAAAAGUACUCCAAAUUGUGACCCAUCUACUUCUUUUCAGCCUUGUUAUCCAGAGCCACCUUCCAUUGCAACGUUCACUAAUGCUUCAGCAGGUGAUUCUGUUCCUUCACGAACUGUGUUAGUGAACCUAUGCCAGCGAUGUUCCGAAUUAAUCAGUAAUGAGAAAUGUCCAGAAUUUCCUGAUGUAGCUGUUGCAACUGGGAGAUCAACAAGUGACAUUUCCAACAAUGCCCAUAGUGAACAAAACACUCUCCACCCUGAACAAGGGAAAAGUGAAAUGCCAUCAGAUGACUCUGGGAAUCAUUCCAGUGAUUCCCAAGGUAAUGCUAGCAAAAAGCGUCACAAGAGAGAGAAUGAGCAAUCACUAAAGAAAGCUCGAGUUGAUGAAGCAUUGACAUCUGAGCCGCAUGCACCUGAAUGAGGGAGUGUAUUCAACUAUAGAUCCCAACAAUGGUGUUUGGUCUGCUUGAGAAUGCCGCCAUACAUGGUUUGCUUGAACUGUAGGUCAUGUGGCUUCCUUGUUAGAGUGCACAUAAGAGUUAUUGGCCACAGGAAUCAUCUCUUGUACGGUAUUUUGGACUAUGGUAAUACUGUAGUAUAACCUUUGGAUUAAGACUCAUCAUUUAGCAGAUGUAGGUUUCUUUAUGAUAACUGCUGGUACUCGAUCUUUUGUUACAGCAGCUACUAACAUGCCAACACAUAUGACCUUGUAGAUCGACAUUUGAGCAUGCUGGUCAGAUCAUUGAAAUGAUAUGCAUGUGAUACUCUGACUAAAGUUGAAUGCUAUGUUUAUUCUGUGUUUAUGUUUUA